UGAAAUUCGCGAAAACUAAAUUAAGAAAUGUUGCUGGAACGUCUAAAGCGCAUUUUAGGCCCUACGCUCUUUUCAUUUCUUACAUGGGCCUUAAUUGUUUUCGCUUUCGUUGAAUUUUACCUAUUUAUAUUCAGUAGUACGAGAAUUGCCGUACAGAACUACCUGCUGCCGCCCUACAAAGAGAACAUUCGAGACGUCAAUGUGGGCAAUCGGAACGAAAUGUGGGACAAUCACAGCAUUGCCAAUGAGCUCUAUCAUAAGGUGCGCAUCCACUGUCUGCUCCACCUAACUAACGAUCGUGAGCGUCUUAAGGCCAAACACAUACAAAAAACGUGGGGCACUCGCUGCAAUCGAAUGUACAUCAGCGAGGUGUCCAAUGUAAACAAGGCAUAUCGACGCAUUGCCAGGACACAGUACGAGGACUUGGAUUGGCUGCUGCACGUGCACGUGGAUAGCUAUGUGAUUAUGGAGAAUUUGCGAUAUAAAUUGGCCAGCUAUCGUCCCGAGCGAAUGAUCUAUUUCAGCGCGUCCCAUGCUGCCUAUCCUUAUGCCCACGUCAGUUUGAAGGACACCACAGACUAUAUAUUCAGUCGCAGUGCACUGCAAGAGAUGUUGAGAGCAUCGAAUGAUGAUGAUUAUCUUGCCAACAUGGAGCAGGGCCCCAACGAACAGCUCUUUCCAUUUGAGGUGCCCGCAGAGAUUCUACCCUUUACGCUGCGCCGUUACUUUUGGAACUGGCCAUUCAUCUACCGUGCCGUAUACUCCGGACAGGGCUUCAAUAGCAACAUGGAAAUGCCUAUAAUACUACCCUAUGUCGAUCUGGAUCAGAUUUAUGUACUGGAGUUCAUGCUCUAUCAUUUGCGUCCGUAUGGCCAUGUCAAUGGCAUGCCCGCGUUGCCUGCAGAAUCUGUUAUGCAGCAGCCGGCGCUGCCCGUCAAAGAUAAAGUUAAAAUACGGCUCUACAGAGAGGUGCGCAUUCUCUGCAUGGUGUUCAGCUAUCCACACAAAUACGAGCAAGUUGUGCGCACCUUACGCAAGACCUGGGCCAGGCACUGCAACAAGCUCAUUGUGUUCAGCACUCAGAUGCCGAAGCAUCAGGGCUUUGGGGCAGCUGAUACCAUAGCCUUGAAUGUGACCGAGGGCUAUAACCACCUUUGGGGCAAGACGAAGGCGGCCUUUAGGCAUGUCUACACUCACCAUUUGCACGAGGCAGAUUGGUUCUAUAAAGUGGAUGAUGAUACGUAUGCAAUUCUGGAAAAUAUGCGCUUUAUGCUGAUUAACCAUCAUGCCGACGAGCCCAUUUACUUUGGCUGCAAUUUCCAGGCGGAGCACAGAGGACCCACGUAUAUGUCUGGCGGUGCUGGAUAUGUGCUUAGCAACGAGGCAGUGCGUCGCCUGGUUGAAAAUGGAAUCUAUGGAAGUCAAUGCAAUCCCGACUCAAUUGGCACCGAGGACUACGAAAUGGGCGUUUGCCUAAACAAAUUAAAUGUAACUGCUGGCGAUUCCAGAGAUAAAUUUAAUCGAUAUCGUUUUCUGCCCGUUGGAUUGCCCAAAAUGCUAGUGCCGGGCAUCAUAGAUAAACAGUUUUGGCUAUAUCAUUAUGUCUACUUCGUAUUGAAGGAGGGCAUUGAAUGCUGCUCAUCCUACAUCAUUGCCAUACACUAUGUGGUCUACUAUCAGAUGUAUAUAUUUGAAUAUUUCCUAUAUCAAAUGCGUCCAUAUGGCAUUAUACUGGGUCAUGAGCCGCUUGCCAAUCGUAGUCUGAAUGGAAUUUAGCUAGAUGCGAAAGGUGUGAAGAAGCAUACAUGUCAAAAAGAA